UAAAUCGGAGUGGGUUCACAUGGUAUUUCUCUUCUUCUCCCUUGUGCUGUUGUUCUUUGUAUUAGCAUUUGGUCCCUUUUUUUUGUUAAUUUUCUUUUGAUGAUUUGUCAAUAGUUAGAAAUGACUUGCAUUUUGUAAUACUCCAAUUUUACGAGGUAAGUCAAAUAUAAAGAAGGCAUUUUAUGAUAUAGCAGAAGCCACAAGAUUUUAGGCAGUAUUGAACAAUGUUUAAGUGGCGAGAGAAUAAAGUUCAGCACGAGAGAUUAAAAAAGUUUAGCAUGUUAAGUGAAAGAGAUUAAAGUAUUGUGUCACUUUGAAUGGAAUAGGGAGAAGUGGGAUCAGUGUUUUUAUUCGUAUUUUGUUUGGUUUAAUAUGAAAAUUUUUGGUUUUACCAUUUUGCUUUAUUUAGGUAAUUUGGUGCAGUACGGUGAUUGUUUAAGUUAGAAUUUUGGUUUGGUUCAGAUUUAGCAAAAAAUCUAAUCGGAAAUUGAAUACUCACUACUUGCCUUCAAACCGGGAAUGGGGGAGCUCAUGGUUGAAAAACAUGUCAAAUAUAUCGUAUCAAUUGAAAAGAAAAAGGAUGAUUUUGCGUCUGUGGUGAUGGAGCACCUGAGGUUGAAUGGCGCUUAUUGGGGAUUGACUACUCUGGAUGUUUUAGGAAAGCUUGAUGCAGUGGAUCAUGACAAGGUUGUUUCGUGGAUCAUGGAAUGUCAGGAUCAAUCUGGUGGUUUUGGUGGUAAUAUAGGGCAUGAUCCUCACCUGCUCUACACAUUAAGUGCUAUUCAGGUUUUAGCACUAUUUGACAAGAUAGAUGUUCUUGAUAUUGAGAAGGUUGCCAAUUAUAUUGCAAGCUUACAGAAUGAAGAUGGAUCAUUUUCCGGUGACAUUUGGGGUGAAGUGGAUACCAGGUUUUCUUAUAUUGCAAUAUGCUCUCUCGCAUUACUACAUCGUUUGGAUAAGAUAAAUGUAGAAAAAGCUGUAGCGUACAUCGUUGGUUGCAAGAAUUUAGAUGGUGGAUUUGGAUGCACACCUGGAGCAGAAUCUCAUGCAGGACAAAUUUUCUGUUGUGUGGGAGCUCUUGCUAUCACUGGUUCUCUAGAUCAUGUUGACAAGGAUCUCCUUGGAUGGUGGUUAUGUGAACGUCAAGUAAAAUCCGGAGGUUUAAACGGGCGCCCUGAGAAGCUUCCUGAUGUAUGCUACUCGUGGUGGGUUCUUAGUAGUUUGAUUAUGAUUGAUAGAGUUCACUGGAUUGAUAAGAAGAAGCUCGCUGAUUUCAUCUUAGAUUGCCAGGAUAAAGAGAAUGGUGGAAUCUCAGACAGACCUGAUGAUGCUGUCGAUGUCUUCCACACCUAUUUUGGUGUUGCUGGUCUUUCGCUUCUUGAAUAUCCCGGACUCAAAGCUAUAGAUCCAGCUUAUGCAUUACCUGUGGAUGUUGUAAACAAAAUUUUCCUCACCACCUGAAAACUCGCAGUUGAUCAAUAGAUUUAUAGUGCUACAUGUACUUCUCUUUUGGCUAUAUAUGAAUUAUUGACUACUCAGAAAUCUUGAAUUACAUUCUUUUUAGAGCUCCAUAUUCUGAAAUCCCUCAGUUCUGACCA